AUGACUCUCGAAGAAACCAUCCCUGUCGACGAGGAGGGCGCGACGCUCCUUCGCAAGCCCAAGACCAUAGGCAUCAGGCGCGUCGUCGUCGGCGCCGCUCUAGUCUCAUUUGUCAUCGGCGUCCUCGCCGCGACGGCGGUGCGGACCUCUCCCGGGCCGCGCCACGCGUCGAACCUACACAGCAAGCACAAGCACGAGACGACCGAGGUGGACGACGAAGGGCCGCACCCCUACUUUUGGGACGACGACGACUUUCCCGAUGACGGCAUCGAAACUUACGCUUGCGAGCGGAAGUGCACCACCGACGCGGACUGCGCCACGAGGUGGCCGGAGUUCAACGAGUGCGGCGUGUGUCAGAACUGGGGCAAGAACCCCUCGAUGGAGUGCGACCGCGGUACGCGGCCGGUCGCGCCGCCGAACACGCCGAGCCUCACGAUCAAGGACGCGCAGAUCCGGCUUAAGUCGGACCCGACCAAGUGCGUGACGUUCUCCCCCGCGGCGGAUUUCCGUAUUCAUGACACGCUCAUAGUAGACAAAUGCGGAGGCGGUGACGGCGCCGGCCACCGGCUUUCGCUCCAGCAGUUCACGUACAGCUACGAGACUGGCAGCGAAAAGGUCAACGGGGAGGGAAGGAUCGUCUAUGACCACGAUAUCAUUGAUAAGACGAACAGCGCCAACCGGUGCCUUUCCGCCAGCCUUCAAUGGUGUAACCCGAAGACCGGGUGUGACAUGAUCCUCUGGGAUUGCAAGUACCUCGAGUCAAACGAGGGCAAUUUGUACUACGACGGGACUACGAUUAGGGUGUACGAUAACGCAAACAACGGAGACAUGUGCCUGACCGACCACGAGGGCAAGCUCACAAUGGAGAAGUGCAAGGGCAAGGAAGGAGAUAAGACGCAGCAGUGGCAGAUCGGCGACGCGCCGUCGCCGCCGCCGUCUGGCGCCUGCAACAAGGCCUGCCCUUCUGGCAAGGAUUCGGAGUGCUCGUGGCUCGGCGGCGACAAUUCGUGCACCAAGUGCGACACGACAUCCGGGGCUCGCUUCAUGUGCGUGGCGCCGUGA